UUUUUUUAUGGAACGGGGAAAUUAGAAUUUUAAUUUUUGAAGUCUUUACACUGUUGGCGGUUAAAAAAAAAAAAAUUAAAGAGUAAGUCAAACAAAGAAAAAGCUGGGCAAUUUCGAAGCCUAUAUGUUAAACAACCCUUAGAAGAUACAGCCAGCCAAAGAAAUUGGCUUUAUGAGCUUGACGAAUCGGUCUCCGCAUAUCCCGUUGGGCUGGACACUCUCUCACACAUUACCCUCUUUAGCAGAAAAAGCCGAGAUCUUUCUUUCUGUUAUUAUCAUCCAAACUACAAAACAAAACUUCGAUUUCACCUAUACUGGUUCUCUUUCAAAAGAGACCCUUGGGCGUCAAUUACUAGAAUCCUCUCAUCAUCUCUUUUACAAUUCCAAUCUCUCUCUCUUAUCUUCCCAUACAAUUAUUUCCUGCUCUUUCCUUUCCUUUCCUUUAUCAAAGGAAAAGAUAUGUCUUCUCCCAGAGAAACUAUUCAUGAUCCUUUCAAUUCCUGGAAAUUCCUGGUUUUUCCUACAAUUAAAGCCACUGAUAUCUUCUCUUUAUUCGUGAAAGCAACUCUUCUUGUCACCACUGUUGUUUCAAUUUCUCUCCUUUUCUACUCUGCUUUCUCUAACCAAUCUCAGUGGCUGCGUUGUCCUGAAUGCAAUGGUGUUUUAUUAUCCGGUCACCGGAAGUUAACCAAGGGUAAUAAUGCUUUUGAUGAUAGCUAUCAAGAAACAAAUGUAUCCCAUAUUUUAUUUGGCGUUGGUGGCUCCGCAAAAACAUGGAAUCAGCGUCGGCACUACUGUGAGUUAUGGUGGAGGCCUGAAAUCACCCGAGGGUAUGUUUGGCUCGACGAAAAGCUUCCAGAGACAGAGACGUGGCCGAAAACCUCUCCUCCUUAUAAAGUCUCAGAGGAUACCUCGAGGUUCAAGUACAGAUGCUCGUAUGGUUCUCGCUCUGCUCUGCACAUUGCCCGGAUUGUUAAGGAAAGCUUUGAGCUGGGAUUGGAUAACGUGAGGUGGUUCGUGAUGGGAGAUGAUGAUACAGUAUUUUUUGUAGAGAAUUUAGUGAUGGUAUUAGCAAAAUACGAUCAUAAUCAGAUGUAUUAUAUCGGAGGCAAUUCGGAGAGUGUUGAACAAGACGUGAUACACUCGUAUACUAUGGCUUAUGGGGGUGGUGGGUUUGCUAUUAGUUAUCCUUUAGCAAAAGAGCUCGUCAGGGUUUUGGAUGGCUGCAUUGAUCGAUACACAUCGUUUUACGGCUCUGAUCAGAGGGUCCAGGCCUGCAUGAGCGAGAUUGGAAUUCCUCUCACAAAGGAGCUUGGUUUCCACCAGGUUGAUAUAAGAGGAAACCCAUAUGGUUUACUAGCCUCACACCCGCUGGCGCCAUUGGUCUCUCUCCACCACCUUGACUAUGUACAGUCGAUAUUUCCAGGGAUGACCCGGAUUGACUCGCUCAAGAAGCUCAUUAUACCUUACGGAAUGGAUCCGGGUCGGACUCUACAACACAGUUUCUGUUACGAUUUGAACCGUAAUUGGUCGGUAUCAAUUUCUUGGGGCUACACCAUACAACUGUAUCCGUACUUGAGGACGGCGAAGCAACUGGAGACUGCUUUUCGAACGUUUCAAACAUGGCGGAGUUGGAGCCAUGAACCCUUCACGUUCAACACCCAACCCAUAAGUCAUGACCCGUGUGAGAGACCGGUUGUAUAUUUUUUAGAUCGGGUUGAGAGUGUUGGACGCGGUCAGACCUUGACCACUUAUAAAAGACACGUGGAAGAAGGAAAUGAAAGUUGUGACCGACAGGACUAUGCUCUUGUUCAGGCCGUCCGGUUUGUCAAUGUGACAAGUUCCACAUUGAAGCCCGACAUUUGGAACAUGGCACCGCGUAGACAGUGCUGCGAGAUAGUCAACAGAGAAAAGCAGGUGGUAGAGGUCAUGAUUAGAGGCUGCAAACAAUUUGAAAGCGUCACUCCUCCAUAGAUUAUGGCGCACAAAUUUUAACUAAAAUCUUCCCACCCAGGCUGUUCUUUCCAACUCUGCUUCAGUUUUUAGAUGUCAAUUCGCCAACUACUGCGUCCUACUUACCCCACUGGCGACUGAUUUAUGACUUCUCCCUGUAAAUAUUUAGUUUUUGUUUUGUAUCUUUACUGCUGCUUCUCCUUUGCAAGAAUGCAAUGCAGAUUUCUUUUUUUUUU